AUGGCGCCAGCACCAGAGCCGCCCUCCUCCACUGGUGCGUCACAAAGCCCCGACGACAAGAGCGUUGGUAGCGGUAGCGCUAGGCGAUCCUGCUGGGAAUGCCAGCGCCGGCGCUUGGUCUGCGACUCGAACCGUCCCGUCUGUUCUAAAUGUAAGCUUAGCGGCAUAGUGUGCCCCGGGUAUGAGAAUGUGAAGCCUUUGACCUGGGUGGCCCCUAAUCAGGUCACGACACAGACAUGGAGGGGCGGCAGAAAACCGAAAACUGACAAAAUCGACAUCGCCAAGAAGGGCACGAAAGGUAGCGACAAGAAAGGUAGCGGGAAGAAAAAGGCGAUCCCAACGACCCCUGAAGAAGAAGAAGGUCACAAGGUACAGCUCGUCCAUGUAUUUCCCGGACAAGAGCUCCGGACGGAAACGUGUGACAUUGCUGAGGCUUCGGUCUACUGGAACGAACAGGUUUACCCGUACUUCUACGAGAAUCAGCUCAUUAAGAGCCCAUGGGUCGUACCUAUUUCAAACAUACAUGCGAUGAAGCCCUACAGACGACAUGGGCUAGUCACCAUGGCUAUCCAGCACCGGAUGUCGCGCCUAUCGCCGGCACGGAAUGACGCUUACGCAGUUGAGGUCAGAGCUAGAGCCUACCAGCACCGUCUCACAGCAAUCCAGGCCUUAAACAAGGAGAUCGAAAACGAGAGUACGCGGUGCUCUGAUGCGACUCUGGCGGGUGUAGUUGUUUUCCUCUUCGGUGAUCUCAUGGGGAGUGCAACGGAGCCAAAUUGGCGUGUUCACCUGAGUGGAUUCGCUGCGUUGAUUGCCUUGCGUGGUGGCUGGGGUGCGUUCUGCCAAAAGUCGCCCCAUCUAAAGUCUCUGCCUUUAGAGGAUAUCUUGGCGAUACUUGGUGUUGUAAUCACGGCAUACGUCAUCUUUCUAUUAACUCUUUUACCCAGAAUCGAAAAUCUUGCCAACACGACCAGCCCAGCACACGAUCAAGUGUCCCCAGUCGCCAACUAUAGAAUAAGGAACGUGGUAAGGGGCGUGUUCUCAAUUGGAUAUUACCCCCAAUUUCCAUGCCCAGUCAACUUGCUCAUCGAUAUAAUCCACAUCAACCGCCUCCGCUUCCAAGCAACAUGCAGUCAAUCUGAAGGGUCUCUCACUUCGAUUAGGAUUGAAGCAGAGCGUCUUCUGGAUAAAAUUCUAGACUAUUCACUGGAACUCUGGGCUAGUAGCACGGAACCUCUCGUAGAUGGGCAUCUCUUAAUGGCCAAAACCUAUCGGUCUGCCGUGGUGCUAUUCGGUGUUUCUUCGUUACAGAGUGUCAAAGUCAUUCCUCUAUCAAAGGACUGGAUGACUGUCAAGGAUACGCAUAGCGACAGGCUGUUUGCUUUUCUCAAGGCCUCGCUUGCCUCUCCAGCGCUAAAGAUUUGCACCACAUGGCCAAUGAUCGUAGCUGGAUUUGAAGCGAAGAUUGGGAAUCCAUCGACGCGGAGUUUCGUCCUGAGGCGUAUGAAAGAAGAUAGUGAAAGGAUGGGAGUAUAUCUUCCAGUCGCAGCCAAGGAGGUACUCGAAAGAUUCUAUGCCUCUGCUGGAAACACCUGGGACGACUGUUUCGACAGUCCGCAUGCGCUGUUUACAUAAGACUAACGCGCUGUGACAUGGCCUGAUCAUGAAUAAAAAGAUCACAGGUCGUUAUCAAAAGAUUAUGUAACUCAUAGUGCUGGGUUGAUGGGGCAGCUGAUGAUGGAGUCGAAGAA